AUGUCACAUUUUAAAACUGCCAAUACAAGCUCAGUCGUUGAUUUACGUUCUGCAACAGAUGAAAAACUACCUGUGGCGCUUGAGUCAUUAGGAUAUACCCAGUCAUUUAAAUUAAUUGAUACCAGAUUAGCGAUAGGGUAUCUUACUGCAGUUACUGCAGCAUUAACUUUUUAUGCUGAAAAAGAACUAAGUUUUGAAGAUGCUUUACCAUAUACUAAACUUUUACUAGUUGUAUAUGUGAUUUUGUCAGUUUCAGCCUGGGCUCACGCUAAAUACGUUGAGAAAUCAAUAGUGUACAGAGGUUCUAAAAACAAGCACACUUUACAAAUCUCUGGAGAAAUUGAUAAAUUCGUCCCAGAAUAUAAAUUGACAUUUACUUUAACAAAUCAAAAUAAAUCAUCAUUUACUUUCAAUAAAACCUUGGAAUUCAAAGAAAUAUUUGAUAAAUUUGGCAAUUUACAUGAAACUCAAUUGAAGAACUGGAUCAACACACUAUUGGAAUCAAAUACAAAAGAAAAAUAA